ACUUCAGCCCCUGGGGCCCAGUAUCUGCACGCACAUAGGACCCUGCUUUGUCCCAGGGUGGCACUGAGAACCUCGGCUGACCCACAGACCACGUGAAGACAUGGCUUGUUCUGGGGAACCGUGGUUCUCCUCAGCUCGCCAGCCUGAAUCUUGGCCCUGCCAAUCCAAUUUGUGGGAGGCGACUUCACUGCAGUGGAGAGUUGGGUUGGAGGUCAUGUAAGGAAGGAUGGGGGCUGUCCCCAUGUCCCCAUCAUUCCGUCUCACACCAUUGUGUGGUUGCGGGGGCGGCCUCUCAGAGCACCUGUUUCACUUUCCUCAACCUCAGCAUCUCUCUCCUGGAGGAGGCCCCAAGCUCAUUCGGUUGGGCAUCCUAGUAUCUCUGGGAGUGUACCUGGUGUCCAUGCCCCCACGUCAGAGCAAUGCCCAUCAGAGAGUGUCUGUGUCCCCAAACCCAGCAGCCAUUUGAAAACGUGACCCACACUAGUUGAAGGAAGAGAGAAUGUGUGAUCCAUUCUCGGGGGACACGGAGCGGCUUAGCCCGCUGUAAUCAGGUGGUGCCUGCCCUUGUGGCCUCACCCUCUGGGUUUUGGCAUUGUGCCCGGGUUUCCUCAUGGCAGUCCUUGAAAACAGAAUGCUGGCGCCUUCGCUUUAACACAAUUGCUGGGGGUCCUGGAACCUCGGUGCUGUUGCCCUUGGAAAUUCCAAAUACCUCCAGCCAAGCGGGUUCUCUGUGGCGGGGUGCCUCAGUACACAGUUUGGGAACUGUCCAGGUGGGACAGCUCUGAGCCCCAUCAGGGAGUGAGGGGGUAGCAGGUGUUCAGCUUCCCUGUCUUGGUGUCCCCCUGUGAAGUGGGGGCAUUGGGGCCUACCAGGUGAAAGGCUAUGCAAGAACGUGGCACAAAACAGCCAGUUUAAACCCACUGAACUUGCCUGCAACCCAGACAGGCUCACACCCGCCGGAGCCCAGCCAUUCUCCACACUGCAGGCUACAGCGGGACUGGGGCAAAGAGCUAGCUAGACCAAGGGGUGUGUUCUGGGGUCACCAGUGUCCCCCAAAAUCCACAUCCACCUGGAUCUUCAGAACGGAGCCUCUUUGGAACUAGGCUCUUUGCUGAAGCGGCUAAACAUGGAGGUGAGAAGGCCCUGGUUAUCCCGGCCAGCCCUAAACUCAAUGAGUCCCUAGAGCGACAGAAGAGGAGACACAGACAUAGGACAAGGCAUGUUACCACAGAGGCAGAGACUGGGCCCUGUUGCCACAGCCAAGGAUGCCUAGAACUGGGAGAGGCGGGAAGGACUCUCCCCUGGAUCCUUGGGGAGUGAACGGGUAACACAGUACUCGGGGACAUCUGCCCUCCAGGGCCGUGGGAGCACUCAUGUCUGUUGUUUAAGCCACCCCCCAGUGACCCUUUGUGACCACCUAGGAAACAGUGGGGCUGGGUCUCACAGAGAUAGGAGUGCAGGGUUCACCUGCCUCUUGAGAGCCCCACAGAAGCUGUCUGGGCCCCGAGUUUACCAGAGUGAGGGCAGCAGUGUGACAGAGAUAAUAGGCCCCCGUGGACAUGGCCCACCAGCCUUUCCAGACACAUUUGCAGUUUCUUCCUCCAGCUCACAAGGACACCCUGGGGCUCUGGUUUGGCAGUUGUUGUUGCCUAGCCCAGGGAGGUGCAGGUGUCCAGAGAAGGCCCCAUGGCCUCCCAGGGUGCCCUGGCUGUGGGCCCGAGACCCUCUCCUGUUUGCCUCUCCCCUCUCUGGGUGUUGGUUCAUCCCACAGGGCUGGUGGCACCACAAUUGGCUCAGCUCUUUGAAGCUUUGAUUAACUUUCCAUACAUUCUGGACAUGACUUCACGUGCAUACUUGUUAUCUCUUGACACUGUUUCCCCAACUGAGGCAUCACCUGCCAUGCGGAUGGGGAAACUGAGGCACAGGCCUGCAGAGUCCAGGGCCCGCAGAAGCCUCCGGACCCCUGCAGCCGCCCUCCAGGGGUCGCUGUCUCUCACUGAUGCUUUCGGCUCCCACCUCCUCCCUGACUCUGCUAAGAAUCACAUGGUUUCUCCGCCAAGAGCCCCUCAGGCCCCUCUCACAGCACCCAUAGUCCACAUGUCUGCCCACAGUUGUUUGAGCGUCUGCUGGACGCACAGUGGCCCACCCCCCAGCCCCUUGCUGUGGCAUCUUGGACCUCGAUUUCCCUUUUAAAGCAGCGGGACCUUCCAACAAAAUCUCACCCUGGUGCUGAGCGUGGGAUCCAACAGACGUGAGAGGAGUUCACUCAAGGGUGGGCGCCCUGAGGCCCUGUCGGUCAGGCUCCUGUACCUCCCCUGUGACCGCUGGGCCUGUGGGCUGAGCCAGGAAAGAGUCCAGACCAAGCCUAGCAUUCAAUGCUCUUCACAGCCCAGUCCUGGCCCACCAAGCUGACUACAGGCACCCUCUGCUCCUGACUCAGAUUAAGUGCUUCACCAUGGUGCCUGUCUCGGGCAGCCCUAAAGAUGUGCCUAUUCUGGUCCCAGGACCUGCAGACAUGUCUGCCUCACAUGGCAGAGAGACUUUGCAGAUGGGAUUAAGUCAAGGCCCCAGAGAUAACGAUGACCUUGGAUUUCCUGGGUGCCCCAGGAGCCUCCCCUCUGAGGUACCCUUUGCUCUGUCCUGGCCCCUGGAAGAGGCGUAGGGCUGAGGGCUUUUCUGUGUCAGUCCCUGGCCAGGCCAAGUGCUCUCCAGACCCUUCUGGCACCCGGCUCAUAAAAACCUGUUCAUACAGUUUGUUUCAGGGCCCUGGACAUGGGAGCUAAAAAAGCCCCAAAGAAAGGAUGUUCACUUUUCACUGAGCGAGUGGGUUAGAACUAGAACACAGCCCCAGUGAUGCCCUCAUCCCAGUCCCAGGAUCUGUGGACAUGUCACCUCUCGUGGCAGAGGGACUUUGCAGGUAGAUUAAGUCAAGGUCCCUGAGAUGGGGAUGACCCUGGAUUACAGGGGGCCCAGUGUCAUCACAGGGUCCUCAUAAGAGGGAGGCAGGAGGCUCAGAGUCAGAGAGAUGGAAGAGGCUGCACUGCUGGCUGUGACGAUGGAGGAGGGGCCAUGAGCCAGGGACAUGGCACCUCUAGAAGCUGGAAAAGGCUGGAAACCGUUCUUCCUGGGGCUUCCGGAAGGACUGGCCCUGCCCACACCUGGUUUUAGCCUCAAGAGGCCUGUGUCGGACUCCUGACCUCCAGAAUCAUAAGGUAAUAAAUGUGUGUUAUUUUAAGCCAGGAAGUUCGCAGUAAUUUAUUGCAGCAGUGAGAGCAACACUCUAGAAGUGUCCCCUACUGUUGUAUGAAUUAGAAGGAAUUGUAAUAGAGAAUGCAGAGUUGGCCUGGGGACAAGGAGUGAAUAUAAAUCCGCAGGGCUUGACAUAUCGUCUCAUAACUAAACUUGAGCCCCAAGUUUCCUGGCAGCCAAAGCAAAAAGAGAAAGGAGAUGAGCUGUGUGACUCCUGUUACCUGCAAGGAGACUACUUCUCCCGAUUUCCCUUUGGGGCAUGGAGCAGUUCCAAGGGGUCAGCAUCCUGCCCCUACCUCCCCAGGGACUAUGUGGGGACCUGUGUUCCCUGGCCUGUGGUUGGUCUUGGCCCUGUCUUUGCUGUCUGAGAUCUUUGCUUUUUCCCUUGUCCCCUGGGCCGAAUCAUGGAACUCCAGGGGUACUGGGUCCCUCCCUUGAGUCUGCACAUGAGCUGUCCCAGGCCCAGGACCAUUGGAGGCAUUGGCCAUGCUUCCAUAUGGGGCCCCCAGUUCAUAGAUCCCGGGAUGCCUGUAGCCUACAGGGACUCUGCUCCCCAGAGGCAGCUGUGCUGGGUGUGGCCCCCAUCAUCCUGCCCUGCCCAGAGCCUGGGACCUGGGUUCUACUGUGGGGGGGCAUGUGUACCCAGGGUUAUCUGAAAAUUUAAACUCUGAAGUGCGUUUCUGUAUGUAUGAAGAUUUUCACAACAAAAUGAAUUUUAAAAUAUUGUAGAUUGACAGAUUUGUAAAAACAGUACCAAGAAUUUCCGGCCACCCUCACUCAUUCACCCACCUUCCCACAUGUCAUCGUCCUGCGUAACCUUGGCCCAUGUGUCACAGGGCAGAAAUGAGCCUUGUGUAGCCCUGCUGAUAGAACCAAGUGCCAGGUGGGCACUGAGGCCUCUGAAGGACACAGGUCAUCUGUGGAGGGGCCCUGAGUGUGGGUUUGCCUGGGGCCUCACACUGAGGCUGGGGCUCUGCAUUCGUGGCAGAAGUCCCACAGACGACGCCGUGUCCUCCUUUGUCCAUGCGUCUCAUUGCCAAUGAUGUUGACCUUGACCCCUGCUUGGGGUGGCGUCCACCAGGUCCCUCCACUGCCCACUGUCAAGCUGCCAUUUAUCCCUCUCAUCCUGGAGGAGACUCACAAGGCUGUGUAGGUGUCCUGGCCCCUUGUGGUGGGGGCAGGGAUGGCUGUUUCAUCCGCUGGUGGGUGUUGGCUACCACCAUUGUGACCAUGGUGUCUGUCGGAGAUUAUUGUCCUCACUGGUCUACUGAUCAGCUGGUGUUCUGUAGAGAGAGCUGCCCCCACCCCUAACAUAUCUGGUCAUUUUUUGUAUAGGCGUGGGCUCCUGGGCUAUGAGCAGAUGCUGUGGUGUUGGCCACCGGGAGUGUCUGCUCGGGACUUCCUCUGUCCCUCUGUGUCACCAUUUGGAGCACUUCCUCCCUUGCAGCCACUCAGGCUGGCCCAGGCUCACUCCCUGUCUUCCUUACCAUGGCCCUUGGAUCACCCACUCCUGAUGGACAGCCUCCUAGACAGCCGCUUAGCACUGAGCCGUUUGGGCCCCAUGUCCCAGGUGGUGACCUGAACAGCUCAAGGGGCCUCAUGAAGGGUCUCCCACACGCGGUGUGCCAAGCAUUGGUGGUAUGGACAUUGGCAUUUCUUCCAUCCUUUAUUUUUAAAUUGAGAUAGGAUUUGCGUAUCAUGCGAUUCAGUGGCUUUUAGUAAAUUCACAGAGUUGUGCCAUCAUCAUCUCAAUCUUCUAUCAGAACGUUCACCACCCCGAAAGAAACCCCAUCCCCAUCAGCAGUCACCCCCACCUCCUCCCCAGCCUCUGACAACCACUAACCCACGUCCUGCCUGGAUGUGCCUGUUCUUGACAUUUCACAUAAACGGAAUCACGCACUGUGUGGCCUUGUGUGUCUGGCUUCUCUCACUGAGCACCGUGUGUUCAAGUUCCAUCCACAUUGUGGCGAAUGUCAGUGCCUCACUCCUUUUCACAGCUGAGUGACACUCCAGUGUGUGGAUGGGACACAUCGUUUGUCUGUUUAUCCAUGGGUGGUUGUGUCCACCUGUUGGCCGUUGUGAAUUGUGCUGUGGACAUUGUGUGUAGGCCUUUGUGUGGACGUGUGCUCCAAACAUGGGUGACUCUGAUUUGGGGGCAUAUUUGGGGACAUGCAGGGUCAGGGUGGAGAUGAGUGACCCAGUAUUCCAGACCCCCUGAUGCCUCCUCUCAAGGCCACCUGGACCCCUAAAAUUUUGGCGAGACUCCGGAGAGGGCUCUUUCCCAUAUGCUUACCCGCUCACAUAGUCAGCAUGGCGGCAUCCACCCUGAGGGUCCCUCCAAGCAUCUUGGGUGGACCCCACAUCCACCCAGUGAGAAUGCUGUGUCUGCCAGCCUCAGGCUUCUGGGAAUCGACGAUGAGGUCGCAAUUCAGAAAAGUGCUUUGCAAACUCUUGGCAGCUCCCUGCUCAUGAGGGGCAGGCAGCAUCGACCACACAUGCUGCAAAUGGAUUUCACCAGGUCAGAGGUCUGAGCCUACCCGCCAGCGCGGGUUCCCAGCAGUUACUGUCAUCUGCCAGAAGGGAACUGGAGCGCAGGGUUUCUUCUCACAGGAGUCCAUUGGUGCACACUGGGCCAGCGCCAGGAACCCCCCUCCGUGGUCUGCACUGAGGGCCAUGGCCCUGUCUCCAGGGGGUCAGUCACCUUGUGGGAGUUGGGGCAUUGGGCCCCAGGGGACAAGGAGGUGAGGGAGAGGCCGGGAGGCUGGGGACUGCCCCACAAACAUUUUCUUAGAGGGGACCCUGCAGAAGCCUGGGUCUGAGUCCAGCCCCUCCUAACUGCAGCGCUGGAAAGCAGUUGGGGUGGUGUGCUACUGAGACAGCCGACCCACAACCAUGGCCUGACAGAGCAAAGCUUUCUAGGGAGCUGUAUGAGCAUCCUGGACCCCACUAAAGCAGCACAAGCCAGGUGGUUUAAAACCAGAUAUUUACACCCUCACAGUUCUGGGGCCAAAAGUCCAAGAUCAAGGUAUUGGAAGGCUCUGUUCCCUCCCAAGGCCCCAGGGGAGGGUCCUUCCUGCCUCUUCCAGCCUCUGGGGGCUCUAGUGUCCCUGGGCUUGUGGCUACAUCACCCCAGUGUCUGUCUCCUUGGUUACAUGGCCUCUCCCUGUGUGUCUGUAUCCAAAUCUUCCUCUUAUAAGGACACCAGUCAUUGUACUAGGGCCACCCCACUCCAGUGUGACCUCUUCUUAGCUAAUUUCAUCUGCAAAGACCCUAUUUCCAAAUAAGGACCCAUUAAUAGGUUAGGACUCGAACCUGUCAUUUUGGGGGAUGCAAUUCAGCCAUCAGCAGGAAUGUUUUAGUAGCGAGGUGUGCCUGAGGGAUACCUGCAGUGCCCUCCCCACCCAUCUGCCCAGUGAGUUUCCUUGGCUGUAACUUGGGGAUGGACUGGCCACCUGUGGCACAGGCCAACAGUGCCUGAGACCUCAAGUGUAUGAGGAGAAACUGGCGGGGAAGGUGUGAAGGGCAAAGGGGUGAUACCCCAAGAACAGAACCGGCAGGGCGGGGGGCAUUCUCCAGAAACCCGAGGCACUUAGGCCACACCCGCCUCUCUGCCCGGCCACAUGACAAAGGGUCAGCCUGAUGGCUAGAGAGGGUCCCGCCAGCCGGGUAGCCCCAUAGCUCAGACACAGCCAGACAGGGACCAGUCGUGCUCAUGGGACAGGAUCCACUGCCAUCCAUGUCCUCGGGUAUGGCCCUGCCCACGCUCACACCCGGGUCACCUGUUUCACUCCACCUGGGCCUCUGCCUGGACCCUGACGCAGGCUCCCUCACCCCCCAGCCAGUUCAGAUGCGGACCCACAGCCUGUGGCCACCAGGGUGGCAGGGCCAUUGGCAGGACAGGCUGGAGUGGGCAAGGUGGCAAGGUGCCUACUGGGUGACAACUUUCCCAGGAUGGAACCCCUCCUUGUCUUUGGACAUCCAGCUGUACCUUGGGCUUCCCCAUAUCCUCAGGGUCACUUCUUCCCAUUAGCCAACCAUCUGGUGACAAGAUACUGGGGACAGAAAGUCAGUUUAGAAACUACGCUGGCAACUUGACAAAUUUCAUGCUAGUUACACCUGGUAAUAAAAAGUUUGUGUUUCUACUUAGGAUGUUCUUUUUUAACUUCAGUUUUCUAGUAAUUCUUUUUCAAAUUGAGACAGAAUUUACAAACCUUAAAAUUCACCUUUUUUAAAUAUAUUCACAGGGUUGUGCACUCAUCACCUCUAUUUAAUAACAGAACAUUCCAUCACCCCCAAAAGAAACCCUGUCCCCAUUAGCAAUCACCCCCCACUCUCCUCCCCAGCCCCUGACAACCACUAGCCCACGUCCUGUCUGUGGAUAUGCCUGUUUUGGACGUUUCACAUAAGUGGAAUCACACACUGUGUGGCCUUGUGUGUCUGGCUUCUCUCACUGAGCACCGUCUGUUCAAGGUCCUCCCAUGCUGUGGUGAGUGUCAGCGCCUCCUUUUUACAACUGAGUGAUACUCCAGUGUGUGGAUGGGCCACACUUGUCCAUGGAUGACACAUAAGUUUUGUCUACCUUGUGGCCAUUGUGAAGCGAGCCACAGUGGACGCAUGUGUGCAGGUUUCUGUGUGGACAUGUUUUUAUUUCUCUCGGUGGACACCUACAGGGUGCUGCAGGGUCGUGUGGUGACAGUUAUCUUGGGAGGAACUGCUGACUAUUAGGGAGAGAUGCCUGCUGCAUGUUUCUGUGUAUGUUGGAGGUUCCAAUUCCUGUACAUCCUCGCCAGCACUUGUCACUCUCGUCUGAGUGUAGCUGCUCUGCAGGUGUGCAAUGUGUGUCACUGGUUGUGACCUGCAGUUGCCUGGUGGUGUUGAGCAUCAUUGUAUGACCUUGUUGCCAUAUGUACACUUUCUCUACUGCUCAAGGUGGCUGAGGUGGCUGAGGCCCGGUGGGGUGUUCCAUAGAGCUCACUCCAUUGUUGGGGUUUGUGUUGUCCCUCGGCUGUGGGGGAAAGACAGGGCAGGAGCUGUGAGGGUAGGCUCACAACUGCUCAUCCUCCUUGACACGGUGGGUGGCCCCAGCCCCUCCUUGGCCAUCUACCUCCUCUGGGCCUAUAUGGGGUGUUCUAAAACACAGUGGUUCUCCACUGAACCUGCCAGCUUUAUGAGCCCCUGCCCACCAGCCCUGCCUGGUCCCUCCUCCGUGCUGUGUUGAGAGGGGCAGGGACAGGUGGGGGGCAGGAAAGGGGCUUUAGGGGCAGACAGAACCCUUGGCAAGGCUGGAAGAGGAGGAGCAGGGUGGGCCCUGGUGACCAGGAGGAGGCGCUCCAGGGGGGAUCCAGCCCUAGGGCCUUUGAAGCAUUGAAGACAGCUCCAGCAUGGCUAGUGAAGGCCCGUGAACCUGUGUCCAGGCUGAGGAGCUGGAGGCUGGGGGCUGGGCCUGCAAGGGUGUGGGGUGGUGGUUUGCAGAGGCAUGGGAUGGGCCUCAGUUUCCUUCCUGUGUCGUGGGGACCUGUGCCCCUUAGAGUCACUGCUGUGGGUAACUCAGGCUCAGCAGAGGGUCCCUACCAGGUCUACCAAUGAGGUGGGAGUCAGGUAGAACAGAACCCAGUGCACCAGUGUUCUGGGAAAACCAAGGCCAGGGCUGGGAGGGGCUACCUGGGUGUCCCAGCCUGUGCCCUCCCCCCACCCCCACCCCGCAAAUCAUCCGAAUGAGCUGCCAGCAGAGGGGCCUGGCCAUGGCUGACAGGUUCCUGGGGAUGAGGUGCUCAGGGAAGGGGUGCCAGGGGCCCCCAGGGCAUGCGCAUUCUUGACAGCUGUUUGUGGCUGGAUUCCGCUCUGUACAGUAAUUGUCUGCACUGCCAGUAAUCGCCCUGACUUACCAGGCAGGCAUCAUUUCCUGAAAGUCAGCGGCCUUAGGGGAAGUGGGCGCCAGCAGUGACUAAACCAACAUGCAAAUGCAGCUGGGCUGGGAGAAGGCCCAUCUGCGCCCAGCACCCGCGGUCAUGAGGGAGCGCUCCUGCACCUUCCAGGGGACCUGCCUGUGGCCACACCAUGUCCCAGCUGCGGUUCUGGUUGCAGUUUGCAGCGCUCAACAAGGACUCCUCGUACCUUGAUGACCUCUCCAAUGCCUCCAUCUUCUCCUCAUCUGUGGACUCUCUCUCGGACAUUGCCGACACACCUGACUUCCUACCAGCCGACAGCCUCAGCCAGGUGCCCACCAUUUGGGAUGUGAGCACUGGCCCCUCCGCCCAUGACAAGUUGUUCCUGCCCAGCGGGCCAUUUACAGGCCUCGAGGACCCUGUGUCCUCCCUCCCCAGCACCCCACUUCUCGUCAGUUACCAGUCUCAGAGUCAGCCAGAGGAGGAGGACGAGGCGGAGGAGGAUGAGGCGGAGGACCUGGGCCACACAGAGAUCUACGCUGACUAUGUGCCAUCCAAGUCCAAGAUCGGGAAGCAGCACCCCGACCGUGUGGUGGAGACCAGCACGUUGUCCAGCGUCCCGCCCCCGGACAUCACCUACACCCUUACCCUUCCUGGCUCGGACAGCGGGGUCCUGUCUGCCCUGCAGCUGGAGGCUAUCACCUACGCCUGCCAGCAACACGAGGUCCUGCUCCCCAGCGGUCAGCGUGCGGGCUUCCUCAUCGGCGAUGGUGCGGGUGUGGGCAAGGGGCGCACGGUGGCCGGCAUAAUCCUGGAGAACUACUUGCGGGGCCGCAAGAAGUCCCUGUGGUUCAGCGUCUCCAAUGAUCUCAAGUACGAUGCGGAGCGCGACUUGCGGGACAUCGAUGCCCCCAGCAUCGCAGUGCACGCGCUGAACAAGAUCAAGUACGGCGACAACACUACCUCAGAGGGCGUCCUGUUCGCCACCUACUCCGCCCUGAUUGGAGAAAGCCAGGCCGGUGGGCAGCACCGCACACGCAUCCGGCAGAUCCUCGAGUGGUGCGGGGCGGCCUUUGAUGGCGUGAUUGUGUUUGACGAAUGCCACAAAGCCAAGAACGCUAGCUCCACCAAGAUGGGCAAGGCUGUGCUGGACCUACAGAACAAGCUGCCCUUGGCCAGGGUGGUCUACGCCAGUGCCACAGGUGCCUCUGAGCCCCGAAACAUGAUCUACAUGAGCCGCCUGGGCAUUUGGGGUGAGGGCACGCCCUUCCGGACCUUUGAGGAGUUUCUGCAUGCCAUCGAGAAGAGGGGCGUGGGUGCCAUGGAGAUUGUGGCCAUGGACAUGAAGGUCAGUGGCAUGUACAUCGCACGCCAGCUCAGCUUCAACGGCGUCACCUUCCGCAUUGAGGAGAUCCCACUGGACCCAGCCUUUGAGCAUGUCUACAACCGUGCAGCCCUGCUGUGGGCCGAGGCCCUGGGCGUGUUCCAGCAGGCAGCCGACUGGAUUGGCCUGGAGUCACGCAAGUCGCUGUGGGGCCAAUUCUGGUCGGCCCACCAGCGCUUCUUUAAGUACCUGUGCGUGGCUGCCAAGGUGCGCCGGCUGGUGGAGCUGGCAGAGCAGGAGCUGGCCUGGGACAAGUGCGUGGUCAUCGGGCUGCAGUCCACUGGCGAGGCACGGACUCGGGAGGUGCUGGACGAGAAGGAUGGGCAGCUCGACUGCUUCGUCUCAGCUGCUGAGGGCGUCUUUCUAUCACUAAUUCAGAAGCAUUUUCCUUCAACUAAAAGAAAGCGAGACAGAGGAGCGGGCAGUAAAAGAAAACGGCGGCCACGGGGCCGAGGGGCCAAGGCAUCCAGGCAGGUGUCCGAGGCGGUGGGUGUGAUCCGCAUCAGCGAUGACAGCAGCACGGAGUCGGAUGGCGGCUUGGACAGCGACUUCCACUCCUCCCCUGAGUCCCUGGCAGACGACGACGUGGUCAUUGUAGACACUGUGGGGCUCCUGGCCGACGACCGGGGGCCCCUGUGCCCCCCACAGCGGGACCCGCAUGGCCCCGGCAUCUUGGAGCGGGUGGAGCGGCUGAAGCAGGACCUGCUGGCCAAGGUUCGGGCACUGGGCCGAGAGCUGCCCGUCAACACCCUGGAUGAGCUCAUUGACCAACUUGGGGGUCCCGAGCGGGUGGCAGAGAUGACUGGCAGGAAGGGCCGCGUGGUGUCCAGGCCCGACGGAACGGUGGCCUUCGAGUCACGUGGGGAGCAGGGCCUCUCCAUCGAGCACGUGAACCUCAGGGAGAAGGAACGCUUCAUGAGCGGGGAGAAGCUCGUGGCCAUUAUCUCAGAGGCCUCCAGCUCUGGCGUUUCCCUCCAAGCUGACCGCCGGGUCCAGAACCAGCGACGUCGGGUCCACAUGACACUUGAGCUGCCCUGGAGCGCUGACCGCGCCAUUCAGCAGUUUGGCCGGACCCACCGGUCCAACCAAGUCUCGGCGCCGGAAUACAUCUUCCUCAUAUCCGAGCUGGCUGGGGAGCGCAGGUUCGCCUCCAUCGUUGCCAAGCGGCUGGAGAGCCUGGGGGCUCUGACUCAUGGGGACCGCCGUGCCACCGAGUCUCGUGACCUGAGCAAGUACAACUUUGAGAACAAGUACGGCGCCCGGGCCCUCAACUGCGUUCUCACCACCAUCCUGAGCCAGACGGAGAGCAAGGUGCCCCUGCCCCAGGGCUACCCUGGAGGAGAUACUGCCUUCUUCCGGGACAUGAAGCAGGGCCUGCUGUCAGUCGGUAUCGGUGGGCGGGAGUCCAGGUCUGGCUGCCUGGAUGUGGAGAAAGACUGCUCCAUCACCAAGUUCCUCAACCGCAUCCUGGGGCUGGAGGUGCACAAGCAGAAUGCGCUGUUUCAGUACUUCUCUGACACGUUCGACCACCUCAUCGAGAUGGAUAAGAAGGAGGGCAAAUACGACAUGGGCAUCCUGGACCUCGCUCCAGGCAUCGACGAGAUCUACGAGGAGAGCCAGCAAGUAUUCCUGGCCCCUGGACACCCACAGGAUGGGCAGGUGGUUUUCUACAAGAUCAGCGUGGACCGCGGCCUGAAGUGGGAGGAAGCAUACGCCAGGUCGUUGGAGCUGACAGGUCCCCAUGACGGCUUCUACCUCUCCUAUAAGGUUCGGGGCAACAAGCCGAGCUGCCUCCUGGCGGAACAGAACCACAGCAAGCUCUUCACCCUGUACAAGCCCAACAUUGGCCGGCAGAGCCAGCUGGAGACCUUCGACAGCCUGUGUCGGAAGUUCCACCGGGUGACGGCAGAGGAGGCCAUGGAGCCCUGGGAGAACAGCUACACCUUGUCGCUGAGGCACUGCAGCCACACCGCUUGGAACCGGCACUGCCGGCUGGUGCAGGAGGGCAAGGACUGUGUGCAGGGCCUACGGCUGCGGCACCACUACAUGCUGUGUGGGGCACUGCUGCACGUGUGGGGCCGCAUUGCCGCUGUCAUAGCUGAUGUCACUAGUAGCAGCUACCUGCAGAUUGUGCGCCUCAAGACCAAGGACAAGAAGAAACAAGUUGGCAUCAAGAUCCCCGAGGCCUGCGUGCACCGUGUGCUGCAGGAGCUGCAGCUCAUGGACGAGGAUGUGAAGCGCAAGAAUGCCCAUGGCCAGGCCUUCCCCGCGGCACCGCCGCCGCCGCCCCUGCGCCCGCUCACGCUGCCCUGUGGCCCUGGCGAGGUCCUGGACCUUACAUACAGCCCUCCGGCCCAGGCCUUCCCACCACCCUCGUCCUUCACCUUCCCGCUGCCGGCAGACCCCGCCGCCAGCCUGCUGCUGGGUGCCCCUACUGCCCCCGACCCCGCGGCCCUCGUGCACCACCAGGGCUGCGACAUCAACUUCAAGGAGGUGCUAGAGGACAUGCUACGUUCCCUCAACACUGUGCCACCCCCUGAGGCGCUGGGGCCGCUGGGCGGUGGUGCAGGGCCCGCAGGUGCGCCAGGGGGCAGCGGGGGCCCUGAGCGGCAGAGUGUCAUCCAGUUCAGCCCCCACUUCCCCAACUCCUAGGCCUGGGCAGCGGAUGUUCUUCCUGGAUGCAACUUAUUUAUCUGUAGUACGCCACUUCUACAUGGACAUGGGCAAGGUCUUGUACCCAAGCAGGUGGUGAGCAGGGCUCAGGUCCCUCUGCCGACUACUGAGAGGAAGGGGGGCCCCCCCUCGUCCAGCCCACUGAGGCCUCCACUGCAGUGCCUUUCCCCGCCAGUGCCUGGGCAGACCCUUCAAGAUGCUGCCAUCCUGUGGGGCCCUCCGAGGCCCUGUCUGGUGGGGCAGCGGAUGUGCACGUCCCACUCAGGACCACUCCGGGCCAGGGGCUCAGACAGGGCCUGAGGGUGGGGCCCCAGGGCCACCCUCUGUGCCUCUCUCCUCUGCUGCCCUCCAUGCCUGGGCCGGCUUCCCCUCCCCUACCCCCCUCCAGGCCUGGAAAGGCUGGAACCCCUGAAAUACACAAAACUGGGUGGCCCCAAGAGCUGGAAACUCAGGAAACCCCCGGUGCUCAGGGCCCUGCCAUCUUUGGGGGGCUGUGUGGGGCAGACCCCCAUUAAUAUAUGCAAUCCCACUUCCCUGCUCUCUGCUCCCUAAAUUAUUUGCCCAGCUGCCUCUCCCAGGGCUCAGAAUCUGCCUGUGGAGCUGGUGGGGUGGGUGGCCCCUGGUUUCUAUGUGUAUUUAUAAUUCAAGUGUAUAUAUAUGUAAAGAGAACUUUUUUAAAUAUAUGUGCCUUUUCACUA